AUGUGCUAUUUCAUUUACUUAGACAUUGAUAAGAGCUGGAUUACAAAGCGACGAGGUAGUGUAGAAUAUAGGGAUGGACUGAAUAUAUUCCUUGACUUUGCAUUUGCCAAUGCAUCAUCCGAUGGGAUGAUACAUUGUCCAUGCCCUAUGUGUGGGUUCUGGUUUUUCCAGACUAGAGAAGAUGCAUAUGACCAUCUUCUGAUGAAACCAUUUCCCCCUAACUAUACCUUUUGGUUACAUCACGGUGAAAGGAUCAUAGACGAGAGAACCAGCGGUAGGGAAGAACUAGAUACCACUAUAAAUUCAGGAGAUCAAAUGCAAGCCAUGGUCCAUAACGCAUUCAAUUUGACGGGACUGCAGAGUGAGGAUGAAGACUCAUUGGAUGGGCAUGUUGGAGACAUUGCGGAUGGGUUGCCGUACUUAUCUAAUAAACCUAGUCACGAGGCUCGUGCCUUUCAAGACUUGCUUAAGGACGGCGAGCAGGAGUUAUAUCCGGGAUGCUCAAGAUUCUCGAAGCUGUCUUUCUUGGUGAGGCUGUACCAUAUCAAGUGCAUGUACAGAGUGAGCGACAAGGCUUUCGGACUGAUUCUAGAGCUAUUGGGGGAUGCCUUUGAGCAUGCACGGAUUCCAAAGACCUUGCACGAUGCCAAGAGGAUCAUAAGAAAGCUGGAUAUUGAGUACAAGAAGAUAGAUGCAUGCCCGAAUGACUGCAUGCUAUUCCAGGGUUCCGACCACGACCUGUCUAGAUGCAAGCGGUGUGGAGCAUCCAGGUGGAAGCAAAAGACUAGGAAGAAUUCUUUAGUAAGGAUCAACACCGUUGUCAAGAAGAAUGGUAAACCUCAGGCGGCGAAAGUUUUUCGUUAUUUUCCUCUGAUUCCACGGUUGCAGCGAUUAUUCAUGUCAAGCAAGACAGCUGUGGACAUGUUGUGGCACAAGAGACGAACCAACUCUGACGGUUCCUUGAGGCAUCCUAGAGACGGCGAGGGUUGGAAAGCAUUUGACAUGAAAUAUAUUGACUUUUCUGGCGAUCCGCGCAAUGUUCGCUUAGCCCUGGCCAGUGAUGGCUUCAAUCCUUAUGGAAACCUCAGUUCAAAGUACUCAAUAUGGCCAGUGAUUCUUAUUCCAUACAACUUGCCCCCAUGGAUUUGCAUGAAACAGACCAACUUUAUUCUCUCUAUGAUUAUUCCCGAUCCUAAAAUGCCUGGCAAUGACAUAGAUGUAUACCUACAGCCGCUGAUCGAUGAGUUGAAGUAG